AUGACGACAGACGAGGAGCUACAUGAACACUUUGUGAAAAUAUAUGGAAUUGAGCCAGAGGUGCGAAUUACGUGUCCAGGAAGAGUGAAUUUGAUUGGUGAACACAUCGACUACCAUGACUACGGUGUCUUUCCAAUGGCAAUUGAUGCAUCUACCGUAAUCCUUGCCGCCAAAAACUCCACGAAUAACAUCAUUUUCUCGAAUUUCGACCCUAAAUACUCAUCAUGGGAAUCAGAAGUUCCGUGUGGAUGGAAAGGAAGUUCGAAUCCAAAAUGGAAUGAUUACUUACUAUGUGGAUGGAAGGGUAUUCUGGAGAAUCAGAAGGAAGAACAAUUCGGAAUUUCCUUUCUUUUAUUCGGAACAAUUCCACCGUCAUCUGGAUUGUCGUCGAGUUCUUCGUUGGUUUGUGCUUCUGCUCUGGCCACUUUGUCGCUGAUUGUCAAUGGAGAUCCAUUUGAAGUCAUUUCGAGAGAAAACUUCGCUCAUUUAUGUGCCAAAAGUGAGCCGUUAAUCGGUACAUUAUCCGGUGGAAUGGAUCAAGCAGCUGAAGUUUUGGCAUCUGAAGGCACCGCCCUUCGUAUCGAUUUCUCUCCACUUCGAUCAAAAAACAUUGAAUUGCCAGAAGACGCCGUUUUUGUUGUGGUUCAUUCGAAUACUGAAUUGAAUAAAGGAGCAACUUCUCAUUAUAAUGAACGAGUUAUCGAAGGGAGAAUUGUUGCUCAGAUUCUCAAACAAAAGUUUGCCAUCUCCACACCAUCCUUCCGUCUCAAAGAUAUUCAAACCUUAUCUGGAAAAUCAUUUGAGGAAAUUCUGAAAAUUGUGGAGGAACUGCCCGAAGAAGUGAAUAAAGAACAAGUUAUUGAGUUGAUUGGGAAGGAUAAAUUGGAGGAGUGUCUCACGGAGAAUACUAGGAAAUUCACUGACUUCAAACUGCGCUCCCGUGCUCGACACGUCUUCAGUGAAGCUCAUCGUGUUGAAUUAUUCGAAAAAGCUUGCGAAGAGAAGAAUAUUCAAGAAAUGGGGCAUCUUAUGAAUGAAAGUCAUCGAAGUUGUGCAAUCGAUUACGAGUGUAGUUGCAAGGAAUUGGAUGAUAUCUGCCAGUUAUAUCUCCAAAAUGGAGCUCUUGGUGCUCGGCUGACUGGAGCUGGAUGGGGUGGAUGUGCGGUUGUUCUGAUGGCUGCUGAUGCCGUGGCGAAGGUUGAGAAGUUGCCGUCGUUGUUUGUGUCGAAACCAGCGCAAGGAAUUCGAGUUCAUCGAUACUAA